AUUUCUUUCAAGUGGGUGGCUUAAUUGUUUAUAACUGUAAGUUUAAGAAAAAAAUACACCAAUAUUUUUAAUAGCUUGUACAAAAUCAGAACAAUGAAAAAAAUGGGAGUCUUGUAUUCGUUUGCAAUUGUUUACCUAUUUGUUGCAGGUACCCAAGCCCUAACUUGUUACUUUUGCGAAGAUCAUGAUUCAAUAAAUUGUCCUAAGGACCUGUCUGAUGCGGCUGUUCUAAAAUCACAAACCUGUGGAGGAACUUUGUCACAUUCAUGUGCCAAAUAUUAUAUUGACUUAUUGAACGGCGAAUCCAUUGUGUACAGAUCAUGUGCUCCAGAGUAUAUUGGAGGAACAGCAGCUGACUCAAACAAUCUGACAUUUUGUGAAUACAAUAUGCAACUACUCCAGCCCUUGAUAAUCGAAGGCCUCGUAGCUGGUUUUAAGUGUUCCACCUGUAACAGUUUUGAGUGUAACACGUAACUUUGUUGAUAGUCUGAUAAGAUACAAAAAAUUUGUUUUAAAUAAUUAAUAAAAGAUACUAUAUUUUUUAAGCUUUGUAAGUUAUUAAGUUGCAAAUAAUAUAAUAAUAAAUUGUAUUGGGAUUCUACAUUUUUUAGUAAACUUGGAGAUAAGAGCC